AUGAAUACAUCAGUUACAUAUUGAGUUUUGCACAGUUGAGAGCUAAGCUUGUAUUAAUUACAAAAAUGCAUUUCAUUAAAUUAUGUGCUAUUACAAUAAUAACGAGCGCUCUGUGUUUAGCUCAAGCCAUAUACGAGAGUGACGUCAACUUUAGAAUUGAACCUGGAUCAAGAACGUGCUUCUUUGAGAAAGGGGAAAGCGGACAUAUUCUGGAAGUGUUUUACCAAGUGAUCGACGGUCAACACGGAGACUUGGACAUCUCCUUCGACGUCAUCGAUCCUAACGGUGUCAAGUUGAUUUCGGACUAUAAGAAACCCGAGAACUCGAUCAUCAUCGAGUUGGAUUACGACGGCGACUAUGCAUUCUGCAUGGACAACACGUACAGCGUCCUGAACUCCAAACUAGUGUUCGUUUAUGUUUCGAUAGAGGCCCCAGAAAAUAAAAAAGAUAAAGCGGCUCCAAUUACUUUUGUCGACGAUGCAGGCAAUGAGCGCAUAGUGGAGGAAGUUCUGCAGUGGAUGGGAACGGAUGAAAAUGGCAAAACGUAUUAUUUGGAUAUCGAAUUCAUAGCGGAGUCGUUGUUGCAUACACUGAAACUCGUGUUGAGGGCACGUCAUUUGCUCGAUCGAUACGGUGCGGCCAAAUCACGAGACAGCUACCUCGCCGUCGCAGACACGUUCAUAGUAGAUGUGUGGUCCGCUUUCCAGAUCACCUUUAUGUGUAUCAUUGGCAUGCUGCAGGUCUACAUGAUCAAACAGUUAUUCAAUAAGCCUUACACUGGAUUAGAUAAAAUGUAUUGAAACACGAUUUAGUAUCGAACGGUUUUUUAAUAAAUUACCUGGCAGUCCAGAGACAAAUA